CGCUCCGUCUAACCCGAGGUGGUCGUCCCCACCUGUCAUCACCAACACUAGGCGGCCGAGCGUCAUGCGGGGACGCACACUAGGUUUUGUCUCCACCGCCGCUCCCAUAGGAAGGAUAGCAAAACUGUACACUAAGCACGCACUGAUUCUUGUCGCAUGGUCACAUAUAGAUUACUAGCAUUCUUGUCAUGGCUGCGUUUAUGCAUAGAGUGGUCUUUUGGAGUAGAUACCAUCCAAUAAUGUCAUCAUUAGCACCGGUAUCUGAAGGAGCCGGGAGAGCAGGAGGUGGUCGUGUACCGGUGAGCAUCCACCUGACCCGCAGUCUCGCCUGAUGUGCCGCACCGCUGAAAAAUUGCACAGAGGUCAAUCGGAGGCAGGCAGCUCCGUGGAGGACCCGUUGAUGGAGAACCAGGGCGAGCGAGGGCCGGCCCCGCCGUAUACGGAGGCGACGAGCAACAGCACUGAUAGCGGCAUCGCGUUCGGUGACGGGCCCAUGCUCGCGAACUCUGCGUCGAGCCCGAGCAUGUACAUGUCGCGCCCGGAGCUCGUUUCUGUGGAUACGUCGAACUCGUCGCGGAGCGCGUUCGGGCAGACGAGGCGUCCGGGUUUGUUUCGGCGGUCUGAGACGGCCCGGUUGGCGUCGGGGCUGUCGCAUCUGCUGUGGAGGCUCCACCCUGGCCAGCGACGGAAUACGAAUGGACAUGAAAACGCGAGCGCGAACGACCUCACAGAUGUACGAUCUUCUCCGUUCGACUCUCUGAGACCGUCGAAAGAGCAGCAAGGUACGCGCGGAAGGCCACGCAGCUGGACUAUUUGCAUGGGAGUUGGAGGUACCGGUCUAACGAUGCGAGCAUCAGCCCUUCAGUUACAUAGCUCACGGUGUGUCAUUUAUCAGCAAUUGAGAAAUCGCUCACGUGGUAGCCUGGUGUGUGUGAGUGUGCGCAUGCAACCGUUGAAAAUGUUGGAGAGAGGGCAGUGUGCAGAGCAGGAAAGGGACGAAGAGCCCAAGGAUGCUGGGUUUGUUUUCAAUUUGUUCAGAGAGCACUUACAGCCGAGAUAGGCCAUGAUUCAUUGCCGACCAAACUAGUUCCAUUCCAACCCCUUCUACCACCUACUAACAAUCCUUAGCAGAAGUCUACCAGCAUUUCCAUGUUCCCUCCCUCGACCUAUGCCCUUGUGCUCCUCGUGCUGCAUUCAUCGGCUGUCCAGGGUCGUUCCCAUCUGUUUGGCAUAUUUCCAUGUCCCCUCUCUCGACCUGUGCCCUUGCGUUCCUCGUGCUGCGUUCAUCGGCCGUCCAGGGUCGUUCCCGAC